AUGACGUGGGAAAUUCCUGGAGAUUUGGGGAGGGAACGGAGAUCACGAGCUGUGUCGGGGUUUGCGUGCAAGUGCCCCGCCCCGGCCCUUUUCAUUCGUCGCCGUCACUUCACCUGUUACGUAGUGUCAGGGGGCAGGGCCGGAGAGUAUAUUAAGGAGACAGCCGUAAGAAGGCGCGGUGUCUGGAAGUGUGGCCCGACCCGUUUUGCCGUGGAGAGAACAGAAAUGGUGAUCAGCAUGACUUGUACAAUUCAGCCAGAAGUGACAGAACCUCUUAGAGUUGCGUGCCCAGAAAAUGAUUUGAGCGAUCCAGCUUCGGAGCAAAUGGCACCUCCCCACAAUGAAGGCUCAGGAAGAAACAAACAGAAUGUUGGCAGGUGUAGACUCAGCAAGAAGAAGGUUAUUGUGAUAACAGUAAUAGCAGCCGUAUCUGUAUCGUUGGUGAUCUCAGUUGUUUACAACUUUGUUGGUGAUGCCCAAAGAAAACAGCUGGAAGCAGAAAUAAAGCAACUGAAAGUUUCGUCAACAUCCAAACCAUCCCUGACCACUUCAUGCCCCCGAGGUUGGACGUGGAAUGCAGAAUACUGUUAUGGUUUCUCUGAUACGGAUAGCACCUGGGAUUUUGCCCACAGCAACUGCACGUCAUAUGGUGCCUCCAUGGUUGUGAUGGACACUCCUGAGGAAAAGGCUUUCAUAAAUGAGAAUAAAGCAUCUGCUGAGUAUUGGAUUGGGCUCCGAAGAGAGGACAUAGGAAAGCCUUGGAAACAGCCAGAUGGUUUGGAUUUUAAUGACUGGUUUGAUAUCAAAGGGCAAGGCCUCUGUGCCUCCCUCAAUGAUGGCGUGGAGAGCUCGACAGAUUGCGACAGCCAGCGGCGCUGGAUAUGUCGGAAACAUCUUCAUACUGUCUAAGAGAAACCGGAAAUGCUUGCCUACAGGGAGAAACACCUGAUGCUUCCAGCAGAUCUCAAUUUCUCAAUUCCCUUUCCUGAUCUUGAGCUAGAGAAUAUUGAUGCAAUAUCUUUUCCUGUCCAAAACCCCCUAUCAGUGGUAACCGAGGGCUAGCAAUUUGGGUCUGUGAGUAAAGGCAGUGGAUGCCUGUGUAGUGCUGGUGAAUAUGGAGGCAAGCAGAAAUACUGUAGGUCUGCAAACAAUCAGGUGCAAACAAAAUUUCACAAGUGCGGGAAGUCUAUCUUGAUGAUUAAUGGAACAAACGUUUGAGUCUAGCGGCACCUUUAAAGACCAAUAAAGUUUAAUUCUGAGCAUGAAGUUUUGUGAGCAUGCAUCCAGAAUCACACUUUGUUAGUCUUAAAGGUGCCACUGGAUUCAGACUUGGUUCUAUUGCUUUGGACCAAUACGGCUACCCUCCUGAAUCUGUCUUGAAGAUUAAUGAUCUGACAAAUGUGGCUGAGUUCAGAACAGAUAGAAGGGUUUGUGGGUUAGGAUUCUGAAGAGACAGAACUGCUGUGUUCAACCAGUUGGGUUUUUUAAUAGCAAGAUUUCCUCUUGACCACAAAAUUGCACAUUUACUUGCCUUGUAGGCAGCAUGCAGACGUUCUUGUGUUGCACUGUUGGGACGUGCAGCACUAAUAGCUGUUGCAGUGUUUGCACAAGUUAAAGCAAGGUGAACACAGAUCUGCAUAGCUUUGGCAGUGAGCCUGCUGUGGAAGCAUACUCAUGGCAAUCAACUGUGCCAUUCUAUGCAGAAUUACGCCCUCGUAAGCCGGUUGAAGUCAGUGGCUUUAGAAUGGUGUGCUUGCACUUAGGAUGACACUGUAAGAUGGUCAUACAGCUUUCUUCACAGCUUUGGCUUUGCAGGAGAGUCCAUGUUAUAUUCAAGAAGGGAUUGAGAGUGUACAGCACUGAUUGGCCCUUGGUCAUCUAGAAGCUACUCUUGACUGCAGUGUCUGUAUGCAGUUAAAACUUCCUUUCCUUCUGCUCCUCAUCUCUUAUCACAGUGUCUGUUCUGAGAGCAAGCCUAGGCCAGAGAUCUGUCAGUACACUGCUCUUUUGCUACGUAUCGAGACUCCAUAAUCUCUCUGAAUUUUGAGGUAUUCUAUUGUAUGCCUCAAACAAGUAUGCCGAGUUCUUUUGAGCAGACCCAGAGUGGAUCUUGGGCUGUUGGUUCCUUAUGACGUUUUUUUAAAGGGAAAGCAGCAAGUUAAUUUAACAGUGUAAGCUUCAGUGUGGGGAAGUUUCCUCCCUCGUAAAUCUUAAUUUAAUCGCUGAUUAAAAGCAGCUUGUUCUAACACAGAACAAAA